AUGACGGAUAUAAAUUUCGGAAAAGCACUCGAAGCAAUACGAAUUAUUUACGAUCCUUUGGCAAAUAAUAAUCUUCGACUCGAAGCAUAUCAGCUUAUCGAAUCAAUAAAGGAAUUUGAAACAGCACAAGUUCAGCGAUUCGUUAAUUAUCUUAUUUCCCUGGAUGAUGUUAUUUUAAAUCAUGUUGAUUCUCGCAUUUCGAUCCGAAAUGAAUGUUUCAAACUAAUUGGUCUUCGUUUACCGCCUUCAACUGCGGCAUGUCGAUGUAUCGUUUCAAUGAUCAAGCAUGAAUGGCCUCAAAAUUGGCCGGAACUAUUUGAUCAAUUUGAUCAAAUUGCGCGACUGUCGCCGCUGCAUGUUCAAAUCCCAUUCGCUGUUUUAGAACAACUUGUGGAAGAUGUUAUCUAUAUAAGAUCGAUAGACAAUCCUUCUCGUCGAAAAGAUAUUAACAAUGGAAUUGGGAUGUUUUUAUCUCAGAUUAUCAGAAUGGUUCUAUUAGCAUUAGAUCAAUGUGCUUUAAAUUAUUUUUCGGACCAUUUAGCUGAAUAUAUUCCUGUAGCACAAUCUGCCAUAUCCUUGCUUAGUGAACUCGUCGAAUGGAUGCCGUCUAAAACACUCGAGCUAUAUAUUGAUGAUAUAACUGCUAGAUGUAUUGGACGUAUUGCUUCUCGAAAACAUAUUAAAGCCAGCGAGAAUCGGAUUAUUCGAGCACUUUUUAGUGAUUUCUCAAUGAAAUCAAUUUUAACAUCGGCAGACAUAGCAGCAAAUGUCAGCGCAAAGCGAGAAGAUCAUUAUCUAUAUCUAAAGGCUCUUUGUGAAGCUUUGUCGUCUCUUGGUAUUCAUUUAUCGGAAGUUUGGAAUGGUACUCCUCCUAAUUUUUCAUUUUAUCUAUCAGCAAUGGAAGCAUUUUUCUGUCAUCCAUCUGUUCAUUUACGUCGAGCGGCUUCCGAUGUCUAUGUUACAUUUACUGCACAACCGGAAAUAGUAUCCGAACAACUCUUUGACGAAUCUUUUUCGAGAAUUAUUGUGCAGAUACCAAUUUUAAUCAACAAGCCAGACUUUGAUUCUCCAGAUUCACCAGCCCUAAUUUACUCUCAGAUAGAUUAUGAUGGUAUUCCGGAACUUAUUCAGGAAUUAAGAAAAUUUCGAGAACGUGCUAUGCAGCUUUUGCGUUACGCCUGUGAUAGUAAACAUGGUGAAAUUGUUAAUAAAAUAACGAUUGAUUGGUUACAAAAUCGUUGCAUUGGUGCUAUUGAGUCAGUAAGUGAAGCUGAGUGGGAAUCGAUGUUGAGAGUAGUGCGAAUUAAUUUUUCUGGCUCAUAUGUUGCACAGCUUUUGGAUUUUGGCGAAUCACAGAUAUUCGUGGAAAUUUUUGAUCGUAUCACGUUAUUGCUUGAUAAAUGUUCAUCUGUAUUUAUUUGUAAUUUUCUCGUUUCUAUUCUUUCAGCUCUCUUCGUCAUACUGAAAUUGCAUCCUGAUCAUGUUGUUUCUUUUCUUAAUCAGAUCAGAAAAAAACUUCUGUAUGAAAAUUGGGAUGAAGUAAUGGAUGAAAAGUCGAUAAAACGUCAUUGUUUUUCCAUUCUUAUGCGACUUCUUACAUCCUAUUCUGAUAUCAUCAAAAAUUAUGCCCAAAACAUCUUUGAUAUUUGCGUCGAGGUUCGUCCAUAUGUUUCUAUAAUGCAGUUGUCAUCUCUUACCCAAGUUUUAGCUGAAUUAAGUAAUCUUUGUCCUAAUUAUGAUGAGCAAACUAAUUUUCUUGCCAGUGUUUUGCAUGAGCCGAUAUCAUUUUUCAAAUCACCAGAAAUAAUCAGUACAUUGCAAAGUGAUCUAGAUUUUCUAAAUUAUUAUGGUUUCACAGAAGCUGCUCCACAAACUAUGGAAGCGUUAGUGGAAUCGCCUUUUUUGAAAAGGUGCUCAAUGUUACGCUCAAACUUGUCUAUGAUCUCUCAUGUUUUAUCUAAUGUUCGUUCGCUGGAACCUUCAAAACAUCCAGUUUUCUCAUUUAUUCAACCUAUUUUGCCUAACAUAUUCAGAGCUGCUGCUCGAAUAAAAUCAUUGCACAGCGCACAAAGUAUCGCUUUAAUUCAUUCAUCUUAUGGGCCUAAUAUAUUUGACAUUACAUACGCCGAACGAUUGCAGCUACUCAAUGGUAUCGAAUCAAGUGAUCAAAUGAAGAAUAAAGAUGAUAUUUUACAUAAUUCGCGUAAUUUUUUCUUCAGUCUUCAUGAAACUAUUCAAACUAUCGUUGCCCUAAUGGCGCAAAAAAUGAAAAAAUAUCUGUUUAUGGAACCACAAAUUGGUGAAUGGUCCUUGGCGCUUAUUUCUGGAGCGGCUGAAUGUCCUGAUUUUCGAAUUCGCUAUUGGAUUCGUCGCUGCUGGACACCGUUCUUAUGUUCAUGUCCACAAUCAGUUUAUACACAAAUCAGGCCAUUCAUGCUUUCCUUAGCAAGCGAGCUUUAUUCGCGGCUUUCGAAGUCUUGGGAGAAGCUUUAUGAAAUGUAUAGAGCCGAAGAGUCUCCAUCACCUGAAGAAAUUUUUGCGGAGCAUGUAAUAUCUUUUGUGACACGUGAAGUUGUGGCUCUUUUGCACGAAUUUUUCGGUUUUAGUGAUAAAGAUGAUGAAAAAAAGGAUUCUGUGAAUUGCGAUCUAUUAGCAUUAGUUUGGGAUGAUCGCGAAGUCUUGGAAGCCUAUACUUCGUUAUCAUUUCUUUGCCUGGCUUGUAACGAUUCUGCAGCUUCCUAUCGUGUGAUUCCCAUAUGUAAACGAAUCACAGACAUGGUGAAGGAAAAGCAUUAUUUCGACAUGGCACCUCAUUUACUUAUUCGUUGUAUUCAAGGUAUACAGCACGAUAACUGUGAAGUUCUGUUUCAUAUUCUUCAACAAGUACCAGAAUGUACGGCUGAUAUGGCUCAUUCAUUCGAUUCGCAAAUUCGUGCAAUAAAAAUUGCUGGUGAAGAACCAACAGAUAAAAUGAAACGUCAAAUUAUGAAAAAAAUUUUGCAAUCUGUUAUAGCGGUAGAUAUUGGAAAUCAACAUAGAAGGCCAGUUCGCUGGCGGCAUCUUUCUCCAAUACCAAAGAUACACAAAGUGCUGGAAGAAGAUUUCACUGCUCUUGGGCUAAUAUUUGAUUUUAUCUAA